GGUAGCAGAUGGAGCGGUCUACUUUAAUCGGAAGAUAGUGGGGGUAGCAGUGUGGCGCAGAUGCGUGCGUACGAUCGAGCGCGUAACAUCUCAGUGUCUUUAGUGUCGCACGCAGUUCCGUGUACUAGAGUGACGUACAUACGGCAGCCAGUGUUCUAGAGCAUUCGAUCGAGACGUCGCUUUCGGGCGAGAUAUAUCGACAAUUCCAGUCGGAUACGUCAAUUCGCGAGCGGGAACGUGAUUGAAAGCAUAAUCGAUUACUUUUUCAAUUACUGAAAUCAAUAUACGGUUACUUGUAAUUUUCAUAUUCUUCACAAUGCCAUUCACGGCAAAUGCGGCAGCGAGUCAGAUACAGGAGCGUCUGAAGAACAUUUAUAAUCUCGUACACGAUAUAGAAACUCAACGCAUUCGCUCGGAGCACAACCUGAACAACAUCAUGAAGACCCACGAUAAGGUCACGCCUGACGACAAGGUCUCCCCUUACUAUCAACAGAAGCUGAAGAACUUGUAUAACGCCGCGAUGAGCGACGCUCAACAGGAAGAGGAGAUCCUGCGCAAGGCCCUUAGUAAGAUAAACGAGAUACGCACUAUACGAAACGAACGACGCAUACAGGCGCGUAACGCCGGCAACAAAGAGACUAUCAGACGCGGAGCACUGAUGAAGAUGUUGUUGAGCACCGCGCAGACUCUACCUCUCUACGUGGGAAAAACGCCAGAUGCCAAGGUGCCACCGUUGUGCGGUGCGAUACCAGCCGAGCCGACAUAUAUCGCGAAAAUGGGUGACAUGGUGGCCGCUCUGGUGAAAGGCAACGAGGAAGGGGAGAAUUGGAUACUAGCCGAAGUCGUGCAAUUUAAUCCCGCGACGAACAAGUACGAGGUCGACGAUAUCGAUGAAGAGCAGAAACCACGUCAUACAUUGUCGCGAAGACGAGUGGUGCCGUUGCCGUUGAUGAGGGCGAAUCCCGAGACCGAUCCUCAUGCCCUGUUCCCGAAAAAUUCCACGGUGAUGGCGUUAUAUCCGCAAACCACCUGCUUUUACAAAGCGAUCGUAAAGCAGCUACCGACCACCGCCACGGAAGAAUACGAAGUUCUCUUCGAGGAUGUUAAUUAUCCGACUGGCUACUCGCCACCAUUCAACGUGGCGCAGCGUUAUGUAAUUUCCAUCAAAGAGAGCAAGAAAAAUAAGAGCCAGUGUAAAUAAGUAUUAUUACUUUCUUAUUUUAAUUCUUUAAUUUUCGAUUUUUUUUUUUUUUAUUAAGAAGACGCGCCUGCACACGCGCGAGCACAUAAAAAAGACUAUACGCGAUUGCAAACAUCAUAAAUCUUUUUUUGCAAUACACAUGUACACAGUACAUAUAUAUAUAUAUGUUUAAAUAAUUUAUGUAAAAUAUUUAUGAAACUC